CGCUGCAUGUAGUUCUCUCCACUUGAGAAUCCGUUCAUGAUUCACUUCAUUAAUAAAUGAAUAGUUCUCUGUCAUGGCGGAGUCUGCAGCCUGUCCUGCCUUCCAGCUCGGGAGACCCCGGUAUGAUCAGGGUUCAUUCUUCGGUCGACUGAGACACUUCAUAGACAUCAUUGACCCGAGCACCCUGUUCGUGUCCGAGAAACGAUUGAAAGAAUGCAUGAAUCUUCUUGAUGACUAUAAACAUGGAGAGCUUCCACCUGGAGUCUCUGAUCUACAGCUGUGGGAAGCCCAGAAGAUCAAGCAGGCCAUCAUUCAUCCUGACACAGGAGAGAAGAUCUUCAUGCCAUUUCGAAUGUCAGGUUAUGUACCAUUUGGAACACCAAUUGUCAUUGGCCUUCUUCUUCCAAAUCAGACUGUGGUGUCCACCAUUAUAUGGCAGUGGCUGAACCAGAGUCACAAUGCCUGUGUGAAUUAUGCAAACCGCAACGCCACAAAGCCAACGCCAACAUCCAAGUUUCUUCAAGGCUAUGUCGGCGCUGUGACUAGCGCUGUUUCUAUCGCAGUCGGGUUGAAUGUGCUGAUUCAGAAGGCCAACAAGCUGAGUCCUUCCACCAGAAUGAUAAUUCAGAGACUGGUCCCCUUUCCAGCUGUAGCCAGUGCAAACAUCUGUAACGUGGGCCUGAUGAGACACAAUGAGCUGUCUGAAGGAAUCGAUGUGCUGGACAACAACGGGAACGUGGUGGGAUCCUCCAAAAUUGCUGCAAGACAUGCGAUCAUGGAGACCGCCUUCACACGUGUGGUCCUCCCGAUGCCGAUCUUUGUCCUGCCCCCCAUCAUCAUGUCCUACCUCGAGAGGAUGCGAUUCCUGCAGAGCAACCGCCGGUUGUUGCUGCCCAUCCACAGCCUCGUGUGCCUGGUUACCUUCGGCCUCUCGCUGCCCCUGGCCAUCAGCCUGUUCCCCCAGAUGUCUCAGAUUGAGGUGUCUUGCCUCGAGCCGGAGAUCGCCAUGGCAACAGAUUGCAAAGUGGUGACCUACAAUAAGGGUUUAUGAUGGAUGCCGUGGUGAGGAAGAGGAGAGCACGAGGACAGGGGGGUGAGGACGGAAAUGAGGCGGCAUAGUGAAUAUCUGUCAGGGAGAAACUAGUGGGGUUCCUCCUCCACAUGUUUAAUCACAGCAGAGCCUGUAGAUCAUCAGUACUAACACAGGGUUGAUUUUUAAUUCCACGGUUCUCAAGAUCACAGCAAUUAUUGGGCCAAGGUUUGAAAAGAAAAAGCUCUGUAUGUAUAAAUGAUGAUAUAUUGACUGUGAAAUCAGUUUUUUAGUAUUAGUGAAAUGAUUUUUAUACUUACAAAGCAGUGUUUCCCACCCGAUGACAAGGGUUUAUAAAUACAGUUUGAACCUGCAAUAACUGACUUUUUCUGGCUUUUAGACUAACUGGAGCCUGUUUGUCUGAUGAGAGCAGUGAGAGUGAACGAAAACUAUAAAUUUGAAAACAAACACAGUGAGGGUGGCUUGACAGCUUGUUUGUCCACAGGUUAGACACCGUAAGUUUAUCAGCUAACAUUUGAUUUAUCUUUAUUUUAAACUUUUUUAUAUUGUGAUCCAUAAAAAAACUAAGUUAUAUCUGCGUUUGACUGUUGGUCACCAGUUGCAUUAAUACAAGUAUCAUUUUUUAGAGGCUGGAAGAGGUGAACUAUUCUUGUGUUUCACAAGAAAAAAUCAAAAAUAAGGGAUAAGUCUAAAAAGAAAAAAAAAGAAAUAUAAUUUCAUUACACUGAAAUGUUAAUUCUAUUAUUUAUCCUACAUUUUGUGACCCCCAGAUUAUUAACAUUGUCCUUAAUCUACAAUUCUGCAUCUCUUUCUGAGUUUGUUUCAGAGACAUCUGUCAGAGCAUGAUGAUCAAUACUGAAUUUCUUCAGAUAACAAUAAACAAAACAUCAUUAACUUCCGUAAAUAAACACAUUAUAUACAUAAAGAUUUCUGACAAGGAUCCUUAAAAUUAGGGAAAAUAAAAAACAUUUGACCAUCAAAAAAAUCAUCACUGCCCUCUGUUGGACAAAAGUCAGAGCAAACAUAUUGGAAACGAUCUUUGGCUUUUCUGUACUACCAUUUCUUCUCAAAAUAUGCUGAUCCUGAUAUAUCUACAAUAAGCUGAUACCAGCUGAUAUAUAUCUGGUGAGGGCUCUAGUCUGUUGUGUUGUGAUAGAGACGGUCGACAAAAUGAGCUUUGAGGGAAAGCUUCCCCUACAGUGUAUUUUUGACCCGUGGGAAACACUGCACUAGAUAAAACAUUUCUUUUUAUCAUGUGAAGGAAGAGAAACUCUGCAUUAACCUGCAGCUGACCUUAUGAAAUAUUCUGUAUACUGAGGAUUCCCUCAUUCGAGUACUGAAUUACUACGUAACAAUACUGCCGGUGUGAAGCCCCUCCGUCAGUGGCCGUACUGUAGAUGUCUAUGGGACAAUGUGGAGACUGUACUGUAGAUGUAUAAUAGUUUACACACUGUUCAUCACACAACAGGUAUUUUUACCUCAAUAAUGUGAAACAACAUACAGAAUUUUACUCUCUGGACAUUUUGUUUCCUACAAUAACCAAACGCUGAACAAUGACUUUGUUUCCUAACUUGUUGGAAGGACUCCACUACUGACUGUUUCUGUAACCACUACUGUAUUCCUAAUGCUUUACUUUGUACAAUACUUUACAUUUAAAAGUAUUAGAAAUAUACAAUGCUACUUAUAAUGAACUUUUUAACAAUUUGUAUAAUAAUUCUACUUCAAGUUUAUUAAAUGUUUGCUAGCCAAACAAUGUAAAACAUUUAUCUAUAUUAUCUGAAAAUUAUAUAAUAAAUACUA